AUGAUUUGUUCUCAUCGGACGCUCAAAAAUAAAUUGUUCGGAAAGAAGUCCUAUGCUGAGAUGAUACUCAAUUUCCGGUCCCAUCCCAAUUACAGGCUAAAGAUGGGAAUAUUCAGAAGUAUGAUCAUCCGAAGCCUACGCCUGACGGAUGCAGAUUUCUGGGACGAGGAGCUGGACAAAUUGACUACGAUCUUCCUCGGAAAUGGCUACCCAAAUGAAGUGACACAAAAAAACAUACUGGCCGUGGGUUUACUCAAGGAAAGGAUUCGUGAAGGGAAGGCCUGA